AUGAGCGGUGACAACCCGUGCCCAAUCCCAUUGUUCCAUGGUGACUAUAGGGAAAAAGAAGAGCCAUCAUUAUGGUUUGCGCAGUUCCGACUAUCCCUACCAGACAGCUACUCUGAUGUACAAUGCAUACAACGGCUCAAAAUGCAGCUCGCACCAGGGAGCAUGGCAGAUCAGUGGUUCGACGACAUCUCAGUAGCCUGUAGCUUGUUCAAUCAGUUACAAGGGGAAUUCAUGCUAAGAUGGCCGCCACCAAAACCGCCGCAGUACUCACGAGCACAGCAGAAGGAGUGUGUUAUGGCGCAGGUGCUGAAAGAGGAGGACAUUGGAGUAUGGCUACCAGGAGAACCCAUGAGCAAUUAUGGACAGGUCACUUGGGGCAACAAAGUGAUGCGCAUCACCAUGGGUAUGGGCGACAGCACAGGACUCUUGGUGGAGUAUGCACUCGAAGGAAUACCCAAUGUACUCAAGGACCACAUGACAUGUUCUUACGCAUCGUGGCAGGAAUUCCUUCAAAAUGUAGAGAGUGUACCAGCGGUCAAACUGAAGAGAGCUAAGGAAGAUCUGAACAUGAACCGAACACGAAACACUGACAUUGCACAAUUGAAAGCUCAGAAUUUGUUGGCACUCAAUACACUUCCCUUCCAGUUCACACAACUAUCCAUGGACAGCGGAUGCUCUCCACAACCAUACUACUGA